AUGAGCAUCGUGUCCGCUAUCGUCGUUCUGCAUUUUAGUGCGACCGAUCACCUUGAACAGUCGCUGUCACUCAAUAUCAGCCUGGCAAAGCAACGUCAUGCCGAAGCCACAUCGACAUUAGACGGAUCUACGUCGGUGCUGCCUGUUGCCAAAACCAUAAUGCAAGUGACCACAAGAAAAUGCCAAUGUUCUGCGCUGGGCCAAUGUGGCUGGGCCUGUUCCCCACCUGUUCGCUUCAACUUGUUCGUGCUUCAGCUUGUCGACAUGUUCGUGACGGACUCCGUCGACGGCAUCGUGUCCUCCGGCGUGACCGCGGAGGAUGUGUUAUCGGUCAUCGAUGCGGUACAAGGCUCCGCGGAGCUCAACAUAUUGGUGUCCGACGUUGUGGUCACUUCGGCCGAAUCUUUGGACGGAGUCGUCGUGGCUACUGACGUCGUGGCAGUGACAGAAGUGAUUGCCUUGAGUGGUGAGGAUCUGCCUAUCGCCGUGUCCGUCCUUGAUGCGGACGCGGCUACAAAGCAAGAUCUACUCAACCGACUACGCAAAUCUACCGUGUCAAAAGCAUGCUUUGCAUACUACGCGCUCACAGAGACGAGUUUUGCAUCGAGAUGA